AUGGAGCCACCAUCAAGGCGCUCCUUGAGCCAGGCACCCGCUUCGCCCUCGCCGGCCGGUGGUGCCGAUGACGCUGCGCGCGCGGCCGCGGCCGCUGCCGGGUCGGACACACCGGAGGGCGCGGUGGCCGCAGCGGGCUUGGCGUACAGCGCGGGCCCAGCCGCAGACGCAACUACGGCAGCUGGCGCUGAUGCUGCUGCAGCCGGGCAGAAUCAGGAGGGUGGUGACGACCAGCCCCCCUCGCCCCUGGCUUUCCCGCUGGCGGUCAUCUCAUUCGGGCACACCCUGAAGAGCAGCCUGGUGGGCUCCUUCCUGUCCGCCAUCGGAGGGUUCCUGCCCCGCGCUCCUGGGCUUCAGAUGUUUGGACUACCAGCCACAAGCGAGCCUCCCGCCGAUGCGACCAAAACCGACGUCGGCCCCGCAGACACCAAUGCGACCUUGGCCGCCCAAAACGCGGCUCCCGGCGCCGGAGCACCCGCGGCCCCGCGUAUGGCCCUGGUGGACACCACCACCGACACUGGGGCAGAGGCCACCAACAGCCCCAACACUGGCGCGGCCGCCGGCCCCACACCCCAGGCUCGCGGCCCGCUGGCGCUGCCAGCGAUGCAAGGUGCCCCGGGCCCCGGCCCAACCCCGGAGCUGGGGGAAAGCGGCAGCGACGACGGCUACGGCGUCGACGAUGAUGCGGCCUUGUCAGCGCCUGCCGUGGUGGCCGGGGCACCCUAUGCCAGCCUGGCAGAUGCCCUGGCGAGCGUCCCUGAGUUUGGCGCUAUGAGUGGCGCAGUCGCCGCGCUCGGGCUCGCCGAUGCGCUGCGCAACCCCCAGCUCAAAGCGACGCUGUUCGUGCCCACGGACGCGGCGUUCAGGGACGCGGCGGCGCGCGUCGGUGUGUCGUUCGCGCAGCUGCAGCAGCGCUACCCGCGGCCGAUGGUGCAGCUGGUGCUGUUCUACCAUAUGGUCAGGAACGAGGCCGUGCGCGCGCCGCUGCCGGCGCGGGCGCUGCCAACGUACAACCUGGGGGAGAGCCUGCAGGGCAAGGGGAUGCGGGUUAAGGGCAGCCAAGCUCUUGCCUGGCGCGUCAUCGCCGCGCGCCUGUGGUGCUCGCGUCGCAUCCCCGGGCCGCCGCCGGCCCACUGGCUGCUGGGCCACCUGCCGGUGCUGCUGUCGCGGCCGGGGGAGAGCUUCCGGCUGUUUGGGGAGUGGGACAAGGCGCACGGCCCCGUGUGGACCGUCAGAUUCAUGUGGAACGCGGUGGUGGUGGUGUCUGACCCGGACCUGUUUGGCCCGCUGCUGCGGGCUGGGCCGCGCCACCUGGAGAAAUACCUGACGCCCUACAAGCGCCUGCAGCACCUGAUCCACCCCCCGACACCCAGCAUGCUGACGCGCGCUGAGGACGAGCACUGGCGCAGGGUCAAGAGGGCCGUGGUGCCGGCCUUCCAGACCGCAAACCUCAGGCGCGCGUUUGACCCAAUGGUGACCGCCACACUGCGGGUCGUGGGCGAGCUGCGCCGUCACGGCGAGUCGCCCAUCGAGUUUGAUGACGUCGCGCAGCGCCUCACCAUUGACAUCAUUGGGGAGUUUGGGUUCGCGCGGCAGUUUGGGAGCUAUGUGCUGGGCAGCAGCCAGGAGCCGCUGGAGGCCGUACGGCGCGUCACCGCGGCGAUGCAGGAGAUGAACAACCCCCUCAACAGGUGGCUGCCCUGGCGCAAGGCCCCGCGUGACCUGAGGUGGUGGGGCAAGCGGCUGCACAGCUUGGUGGACCGCCUGCUGACAGACAUGGAGGCCAGCCCCCCGCCGCCGCACACCCUGGCGGCGCACGUGAUGGCGAUACGGGACGCGCAAGGCCGCCCGUUGUCACGACGCCAGAUGAUCGCAGAGCUGGCGCUGCUCUGGGGAGCAGGGUUUGAGACCACCGCCCACACCCUGUCCUGGGCCAUCUUCCUGGUAUCCACACACCCCGCCGUCGAGGCCGCCAUACUGGAGGAGCUGGGGGACCUCGCGGCGGCCCCCCACCGCCCCACCCCGCGGCGCUUGGAGUGGUCAGACCUGGCGCGCCUGAGGCGCCUGUCAGCAGCGCUGCAGGAGGCGAUGAGGCUGUACCCCGCGGUGGCCACGGGCACCGCGCGCGUGGCGCACGAGGAUAUGGAGAUUGGGGGGCACAGGCUGUGCAGGGGCAUGCCCGUGAUGGUGCCGACCUACGCGGUGAUGCGCAGCCCGCGGCUGUGGGUGCGGCCGGACGAGUUCCUGCCCUUUGAGCGGUGGCUCGGCGACGAGGGCGGCGGGCAGGCGGGCGGGGGCUUGGAGGAGGACGCGCGAUGCGGCGUGGGCGGCGAGGAGAUGGCGAGCGGCCAGGGCAGCAGCACUGGCGGCGGCGGCGGCAAGGGCGGAUCAGGACCGGAGCGGCGCCGCAGCAGCAGGGGGGACAGCGGUGGCAGGAGCGGGGGCGGCGGCGAUGGCGGGGAGGGAGCGACCCGGGCGUGCGAGGGGCCGGCGCUGGCGCAGCCGUCUGCUUUCCUCGCCUUCUCCCAGGGCACCAGGUCGUGCGUUGGCCAGGGCCUGGCGGUGGUGGAGCUCAAGGCGGCCCUGGCCCUGCUGCUGGGCCACUUCUCCUUCGACCUGGCACCCGGCUCCACGCCCGAGGGCGUCGACGCGGCGGCGGCGCAGGCCAUCACGCUGCGGCCGGGGCAGGGGCUGUGGGUGGUGCCGCGCGCGAGGAACGGGCUGCCUGGCGGGCGGCGACCCGUCGAGAACCUGGGAUGA